CAGAGGAUAGAAAGCAUAUCUCCUCCUUAGAGAAAGGAAGAGAAGUGUGUCCUGUUAAGACGAGAUGUAAACAGUUUUCAGGUUAACCUUCUCCAGGUCCUAAAUACACCACACAAUCCUUUAUAUUGUGACUCAAUCAGACUAAACCCGGAGAAUAUCUAUGAGUGAAUAUUGUCCAAACCAGAUUAGUGACAAGUGAGCCAAGUAUAGAUAAAUAAUACUGUGAAAAUAGGUUACAGAAUGAGGGGUCCAAUUCCCUGUCCACUUUGUGUCGGUUUAGGUUUCACGCAGAUUGAAACUCUGUUUAAUUCCCUUCUCUCCUUACUAAAACAGGUUCAGGUUUGCCCUGAUUCCACCUGCACCUGGAGAGGAGAAGGUUUACACCAACUACUCAACCAUCUCUCUCUCCAUUCUAAUGUCACAGACAAUCUACAUUUAAGUGAACAGACUCCAGAAAAUGAUUCUACAGAGAUGGUCUGUGAGCAGGAUUUAGACAAAGAUCAAGAUCAUGAGCAGAACCUUGAAUUGGACCAAGAUCAAGAGCAGAACCUGGAGCAAGAAAUGGAACGUGAGAGAGACCUGGGAAUGAGAGAUUUACUAAAUAGUUAUUCAAGUAUCAAUCAAUACAACAUUAACAAUAUGGAUUUGGAUAAUUUGGAAUCUUUAGAAUUGAACUAUAUCAAUUCUUCAAAAAACAAUUUAUCAAAAACUUUAGAAUCUUGUCUUUCUGUCUACUCUUGCUCCUCCUCCGACCAAACCUCACAUCCAGCAUCCAAUCUUCCAACAUACUCGUCGUUUUCUGACUCAGGUUCCAACCCUGGAUUGGAAUCCAACCUGUCCUCCUAUCCAGGUUCAGUCUCCUCCCCUGAACCCCUUCCCAACAUCAAUCCAGACAGUUUAAACUUCCUCAAGUCUUUAGACAGUGCUUGCUCAAUGAACGAGAAUGAAAUACCACUGUCUCCCAACCGUUCUCAAGGUUUGACAGAGUUACCCAGUAAACCGGAUUUAUAUGAGAACUCGAACCAUGGUUCUCCUGUGGUUCAAUCUAGUUCUCCAGGUGUAUUUAAACCUAGACAACAAUUAAAAAUGACGGAUCGGAGUAAAAUGAAGAAUAGGAUUUGUAGACAGAGCUCUGAAGAUAAACAGAAUGUUGAAUGUAUGGAUUGUGGUUGGACGUUUGAUAACCAACGAUUUUUAAACCUUCAUCGAAUAUUUCUCCACUCUUCGAAACCUGUUCCUACCUCGAGUAGUAGUAGAGGACUCGAAUCUACCUGCACAACCUGCUCGAAACAGUUUAUCAACUUCGAGUGUUUUGAGAAGCACAUGUCUGAAGUUCACAAUGAUUCUAGAUAUUUCUGCAGGUUUUGCUACAAAUCUUUCAAACUCAGAGGAAGUUUACUUGUUCAUCAACGAGUUCUCCAUCAAAGUGUCAUAGCUCAUGGAGCUCAAGAUGCUCAGGGAGGUCAGGGAACUCAAGGAGGUCAAGGAGUUCAGGGAGCUCAGGGAGCUCAGGUAGCUCAGGUAACUCAGAGAGGUCAUGAAGCUCAGAGAGGUGGCCAGGAAGGUCAAGAAACUCAGAGAGGUGGUCAAGAUGCUCAUGGAGGUGGUCAGGGAGCUCACGGAACACAGUCCCAGGACGAGAAUAUCCAUAGAGCUCAAGGAAGUUGCAGACAAGUUGGAGAAAUUUCUCUACAGAGCUCGGACCUUAACCCAACCAGGAUACCAGAAGACACUCACAUGCACGGUUCAAUUAUCUUCUCCGGAUCUGCUGGGACGGAUUCUUACCAUGCAUCUUUUGCUGGACCUUCCGGGACGGGUCAUUCUUUCGCAUCCUUCCCCGGAUCCACUGUGACGGGUGUAUCUCCACCCGGAUCAGAAAGGAUGGAUCCAAAUAAUCUUUCUAUAUCCGAAUCAGGGAGGAUGGAUCCAAAAGGUAUUUCUUUAUCUGGAUCUUACCCGAUGGAUAAUGUACCCGACGCUUUGUUGAUAGAAAAUGUGAUGUACAACUCGGAACUCAAAACCAGGACUGAAGGUCGGGUCGAGGAUAACACGAACAGUUUCAAGUCCGAAGAUUCCAUUCCUGAAAACAAUCUUGAACAGAAAACAAAGAAUGAUUCUCCAGACAUGUUUGCUGUAGUUGAAGUUGCUACUGGAGAUAAACAUGGAGAUCUUGUAACGCAGGCAAAAUUUGAACAGUCUGCAAAAUCUGAUGGUUUAGAAAAAGGCGAAAUUGUGACGGAUUUAGAACUGUAUGAAGGAUGUGGCGAGGGGUUUGAGGGAAAGUAUUGGGACGCUAAAACGUGUAAUAUGUGCACCAAAACAUUUAACGAUAAAAAUCAGUUUGAACACCAUGUCAAGUCUCACCAUGAAACUAAACAGUGGGAAUGUACUGUCUGUGGGAAAAAAUUUACAACAAAAUAUUUUCUAAAAAAGCACAGAAGACUUCAUACAGGUGAGACACCAUACACCUGUGACCUCUGUGGAAAAACGUUUUCCUUUCAACAGUCCUACCACAAACAUAUGCUUUACCACACAGACGAGAAACCCUAUUCCUGUAACACAUGUGGCAGGGCAUUUAAGGAGUUGUCAACUUUACAGAACCAUGAGAGAAUUCACAGCGGAGAGAGACCGUUUGUUUGUGAAACAUGUGGGAAAAGCUUUAGACAGAGGGUUUCCUAUCUAGUCCACAGGAGGAUACACACCGGAGUAAUGCCAUACAUUUGCGACCAAUGUGGUAAAAAAUUCAGGUACAAGGUUACACAGAGAACUCACAAAUGCACUGGUCGGGCAAACCUGGAGCCGAAACCUGACGAACCCAUCUCUCCUAAACCUGAUUUAAUCCGCAAUUUUCAACCAUCUCCAGUAAUAUUUAAUUCUAAUCCACAAGAACACCAACCCCAACCGGUUAUACAAGACCGAAAAGUAUACCGGCAACCGUCAAGUCCAGCUUCUUCACAUAAUAUAUAUUCACCAUACAUUCCACCGGAAAUAAAACAAAAUCUUCUAAAUUUUAGACGUGCACAAGGGAAAAGACAGCUUGGGCAUAGACUGCAGAAUAUUCUAGAACGAUCUAGAAGAAAAUCAGCUGUUGUUCCACAGCAUACUCAGCCUAUCAUAGAGCUUCAGGAUCUUUCCCUAAUUGAACAGAACCAGGUUUCUCCUGCAGUAUGCCAGGUAGACCGUGAUAAAUCAAACAAAACAGUCCUGGCUCUAUUUAACCAGAAUCCAGAGAAUAACCUUCUUCUUUUAUCCAACCCUGGAUUAAAUUUGCCGCUAGUAGAAUCAAGAGACAUGGAUGUUAGCCCAGAUUUAACUUCCCAGAAUUCCAGUAUAAAUUCGAACCCGGAUCCUGGUUCAGAACUCACCAAUAUGGUAACCCUGAACUCUUUAACCUGUUCUAACCCUGGAGAAGAGCUGAACCUAGCAAACCUAGAGAUUCUUCUCUCCUCUCAGAUUGGUUCAUCUGACACAGAAAUCUCAAUUGAAAACUCUAUUGAUGAUUUUGAUAUUUCUGCGUUGCACAAUUGAACUACAGAAUCAUGUAUUAUUUUGAUUUCUUGAAUUACAUUACUGUUAACACAAA